AUGCCCGAUGACGCGCCACCACCGCGCGUGCACUCCAAGUGGCCCGGAAACUGGACGUUCGCGUGUCAAGGAACGAUUGUCGCCGGACCGAGCCCGCGCGCGGCGUUUUUCACGCUCGCGUUGAUCGUCGCGCCGUCGAUCGUGUUCGAUGUGUUGGUGUGCUGGAAAACACUUCGAGUGAAAAUGGGACUCUGGACCGUGAUCGUGAGCGUCGCGUUGCAGUCGUGCUCGUGCUUUUGGUUGCUCAAGACGUCGUUCACCGAUCCCGGGAUCUUACCGCGGUUACCGCGGGAGAGCGGGACGAGUGGGAUGCGAGGGAAGACGAAGCGGGCGACGGUGGAGACGACGGGACGGGAGACGACGGUGAAGUGGAACGAUACGUGCGGGUAUUUCCAGCCACCGAGGGCGCAUCACUGUUCUGUGUGUAAUGAUUGCGUCGAGCGGUUCGAUCAUCACUGUCCGUGGACGGGGACGACGAUCGGGCGGAGGAAUUAUCGAGCGUUUUUGUCGUUUACGUUUGGCACGGCGGCGCUGUGCGCGUGGACGUGCGUGGGGUGCGGGUACGCCAUCAGUUAUGAGUCCAGGGGUGGGGAGGCGACAGAUGGGCUGAAACGAUCGGGAGCCGCUAUUGCGGUGUUUUUGAUCGCCAUCAUCGGGUUCUUAUUCGUCGGCGCGUUGAGCUGCUUUCACGCGUACCUGGUUUCGACGAAUCAGACGACGUACGAGAGCUUCAGAGACGCGCACAGCUGGUCGACGAAUCCGUACAACACCGGGAGCGUGUUUAAGAACUGUUUGGAGGUAUGGUGCGCGAGAAUUGGACCGCCGCGCGUGCGUUUCAACGUCCCCGUGAGCGAGGAUCAGAGCGCCGCGCGCUUCCAAGCUGAGAUCGAGGCGCAGACAGACGUCGAGCGCGGCGACGUACAGCUCACGGAUCUCACCACUGGUUCGACGUCUAAGACGUAA